AAAGAUUACUAACCUAGCAGUUUUUAUUUGGUUAUCAAACGCUUGAAUAUAUCUUUGAAUCUUUAACAAAUAUAGAUUGCAAGCAUUUAAAUUAAUUUUCAAUAAUAAUACAGUGUAAGAAAUGGAAAUUUAGUGAACAAUAAGUUCAACAAUUGGAUUAAAUAGUAAAUGGGAUAUUUCAAGAAAAUGUCAACAUAUUAUACGUAUCUCAAAGUAAAACUUUUAAAUACGUUAUUUUCAAGGUAAUUCUAUUUACACCUGAGAUAAUCCAAUUCACAAAUUAUAAACUGCCAUAUGUUUUAAUUGAUACAAUUGUAUAUUAUUUAUAUAUUAUUAUUUAUUACGUUAAAUCUUGAAACAUGCGAAAAUACUACCAGGCUGCACUUGUAAUAAUUGCUGUAGUGAGUCUAAUAUCCUUAUUAUUUUAUAGACAUGAAUAUAACAAAUUAAGAUAUGUUUUAGAAGUUUUUAAUUACUUUGGUAAGCCAAAUCAGAGAAGUGAAAUAAACUGCACAAAUAAUGUGCCAAUGUUUACUAAAUUUGAUAUGAAAUUUGAAGAACCACUCUCUGCUUGGCAAAGAUUAGAUGAUGAUCUAUAUGUUUAUUCUGCAUAUAAUAUACGCGACAAAGAAAUUCAAGUAAUAGGUUUUGGUUCAUCAAAUAACAUUAAGGAUAUGCAAUGUCAAAUACUAUUUGAAAAUGAAAUUGAACCAGUUUUAGGAAGUUUUAGUUAUCUUUCAAUUGGUAAUAAUUUAAAUAGCACUGACAAAAAUGGAGGAUAUCAUUUCUAUUGUGCAUACAAAGCAAAUAAAAUACCAGUAGGAAUAAUGUUUCUUACAAAAUCUAAUUUAGAUGCUCACAAUAUACCUAUAUUACCAAUAAAAAGCCAACCUCAUAAUUUAAAUUAUAUUAAUGCUGGAGUAUGCAUAGCACCACCAUUAACAAAACCAAUACAGUUAUUACAAAUGAUUGGCUUUAUACAGUUUCAUGACAUAAUUGGCAUAGAUAAUUUUAUAGUGUACGAUUUUGGUAUUCCAAAUCAAUAUAAUAACAACCUUAAAGAAUUAUUUAAAUCUCAAGAUCCAUAUUGGAAAUUUACAUACACAGUAGUGCCAUGGAAUUUUCCUUUUCCUGCUACUCACCCUACUAUAAUAAAAGACUUGAUACAAGCAGAUUGUUUGUACCGUACAUAUAAUAAAGUUAGGUAUAUCACUACAUUAUCUUGGGAAGAGUAUAUAAUUUUAAGAUAUCAUCAUUCCCUUAUAGAUUUAAUGACAGAUUUUAAAAAGUCUAGAAUGAAAGCAGAUCGUUACAAAUUAAAGACAUUAACAUUUUGUACACAACAAAUUGAUGAUACAACCAAUAGGAAUGUAACAUUCAUAAUAUUUAAAAAACUACAUUAUGACUCAAGUAUCCCUGAUAAUCAACCAAUUUAUAUUUAUAAUACACUUGAAGCAUUAAACAAAAAUAAUAUGUAUACACGAGAUAUUGGAAAAGAUUUAGUUACAUUAAAUCGUUAUCAGUAUUGUCCUGGAAAAUCAAAUCUGGAAACAGGUACUAAAGAUACUUCAAUUUUAAGAUUCACUGAAGAUAUACAGAAUUCACAAAUAUUUCGAAAAUUUAUAACAGAGAAUAAAUUUCUAUAAAAUAAUCACAAGUAAUAAUUAGAUUUAAUGUAUCUAUAAGAUAAUUUUAGUCUGAAAGUUAUCAUUAGGAAAAAGUAAUUCAUUUUUAUAUGUAUUGUAAGAUAUAAAUAUAAGAAUACAAUAUUGUAUAACGUGUAUAUAACAUGUAUAUAAAACUUUGUUACAAAGCAGAA